UUACUGGUUGAAAAUCAUUUCAUCUUUUUGUCGUUGUUUGGUGUGUUGAUCGCAAAAUUUAACUUCUUUUUUUUGCCCUGUGUGUUUUUUCUCUUCAUUAUCAGAUUCAAAAAAAAAGAAAGAAAAUUUUAUCUGAUUAAAUUUUGAUCUGAAAGAAAUGAUUGAAUUAACAGAAAUUGAUGAAAUGUCAUCGAUAAAUCAAACUGUUGAAUAUGAUGAUGAAAAAGUAUCUAUUGCAUGGAGAAAUCUUCGUUAUGAAGCAUAUCCGUUUGGUAUACGUCGUAUCGGUAAAGGAAAGACAAUUUUACGACGUCUAAAUGGUCAUCUUUUAUUCAAUACAUUGAAUGGUUUUCUUGGUCCGAGUGGUGCGGGAAAAACAACAUUAUUGAAUUGUUUAAAUGGUACAUUAAAAUCCGGUCUUAGUAACGAUAGUGAAUUAUAUUUGAAUCGAUAUUAUAGUAAUAUUGGUUAUAAACCAAUCAUACGAUUUAUUGAACAACAUGUACAUGAAACAAUUAUCGGUAUUAUGACCGUUGGUGAAAUAUUAUAUUAUGCAUUUCGUUUUAAAAAUUCUAUUUCAAUGCGACAAAAACAAUAUUCAAUAAAUGAACAUAUUGAUAAGAUUUUUUCCGAACUUAUAUUGGAUAAAGCGAUUUUGAAACGUCGUUUUGAUCAAUGUAGUGGUGGUGAACAAAAACGAAUCGCAAUUGCACAAGAAUUAAUGUCAUUAAAAAUGCCAUCGUUUUUGUUUCUGGAUGAACCAACAACCGGUUUAGAUAGCCAUGCUGCAUUACUUAUGGUUCGUUGUUUACGUAAUCUUAUCGAUAAUCUUAGUAAAGAAUAUCGAUUUACAAUUCUUGCAUCUAUUCAUGCACCAAAUUCAGAUAUAAUAAAUUUAUUCGAUAAAAUUUAUAUUCUUGCACGUAAUGGUUUUUGUAUCUAUUCUGGAUCACCAAAGCUACUACGUAACAAUAUGAUCGAUGAACAUUUAGAAUUUGAUGAUAAUAAUUUUCGAACACCGAUUGAAGAAUUUAUGCGUAUCGCUUGUAAAGAUAUCGAUGAUAAUAAUGUACGUAAAUUAGCUACAAAAUGUUUUACUACCGAAAAUGAAAUCCUACGACCUUUAAUCGAUCGUAUGCAAUUUCUCGAUAAUGGUCUUUCAAUCCGAUAUAAAUCAUUUAAUUUUCAAGAUUUUUUAUUUCAAUUGAUUCGAAUGUUUCAACUAAUUUUCAUCAAACAAAUUAAAAAUCGUAUCUUUACAAUAAUGGUAUUCAUCAUUCUAUUUUAUUUUCACGCAUCAUUGUUGGAUCCAAGAAUGGUUGAGCCGGAUACUUGUACACUUUUCGAUGACCCCAAUCAAAACUUGUUGAAUCUUACAUGUCAAGACAGAGUUCACUCUCGUUUCAUGGUCGAUAUGUAUUUCCAUUAUCAAGGUUUUGCAAUUGCAUUUUUUGGUUUUCUACUAAUUGGACUUAGUUCGAUUGUAUAUAGUGAAUUGAUGAAAAUAAUCGAUAAUGAACAUCGUAAUGGCUGGUGUAACAUAAAUGUGUUUUAUUGGUCAAUCACAUUGAUACGUCUAUUAGAAUUGAUCAUAUUGACUUUAUUGACAACAUCGUUGGUUUAUUUUUUAGUCAAUCAUAAUUAUGUUGAUAAUGGACAUUUUAAUUGGAAUCGUUUUGGUCAUUUUGCUUUAUUUUUCUUUCUGUUUGCAUUUAAUAUACAAUCCAUAGGACAUUUUAUUAGCUGUGUAAUAAGCCAACCAAUCGCUGCACCAAUAACAGCAAGUUCAGUGUUGUAUUUUAUAAUCAACGGUUAUGAUGGUUAUUUGUUUCCUGAUAAAUAUUUUUAUCUAUCAUUUAAUCGAUUGUUGACAAAAUUAUUUGCAAGUAAUGUCAUUACUCAUGGCCUAUUAUAUUCGUUCUAUUAUCUGGAUCGUUGUGAUCCAACCACACAGAUAUCAACCGUUUUUUUGGACUAUAAUAUCGAUCCGGAACGAAUAUUUAUCAAUAUCAUACCAUUCUUGAUUAUCACUAUUUUACUUCGAUUAUGGACAUCAAUUUGUUUCAUUGUAAAAUUUCGAUCCAUUACUUUAUUCGAUCAUUCAUUCAAACGUUCAGAUGAAUAUCAAAGCAAAUUGAUUGAUUUCGAAACAGAUACAAAUACAGAUACAGAUACAGAUACAAAACAGUCAUGCCCACUUGAUAUGAACAAUAACACUCAUCAACGAAUUAAAACGGAAAAAGAAAUUGAAUUUCAAAAAUUCUGUCAAGAUAAAAUUAUUAUUGGUUGGCGCUCAUUGAGUUUGUUUGCAAAGGAUUCGCUGUAUAAAAUGCAAUCAACAAAAAAUAUUCAACCAGAUUCAUCAGAAUUAAUUCUACGAAAUCUUAACGGACAAUUCCGUUUUGGUACAAUAAAUGCAUUGAUGGGUACAUCUGGUGCAGGAAAAACAUCAUUAUUACGUGUAUUGAAUGGUCAGAAUAAAACACGUUUAAGUUUGGAAAGUCAAUUUUAUCUCAGCAAAUACACACCAAUACGAACGUCUUUUAUAACGCAAGAAAUUUCUGGCCAUCUUAUGCCCGGUUUAACAGCUAAACAAAGUUUAAUCUUUGCAUCACGAUUGAAAAAUCUUAAUGACAGCAAUGUUGAUCAUGAAAAAAUAGCAACGACUUUAUUAAAUGAAUUGAACAUACUUUAUACGGCUGAUACAUUAGUGACAAAAUGUUCCGGUGGUGAACGUAAACGUCUUGCAUUAGCAUUAGAAUUAACAUCCAUACGAAUGCCAAAUUUUAUCUGUAUUGAUGAACCAACAAGUGGUUUGGAUUCUAAUUCAGCUGAAAUACUUAUAUCAUGUUUACGGAGUAUGAGUCAUCGUCAUAAAAUAACACUUGUAAUAGCCAUACAUCAACCGAAUACAGAUAUAUUGAAAAUGUUUGAUCAUGUUUAUUUACUAGCACGCGGAGGUGUUUGUAUCUAUUCUGGAACACCAGAUAAUAUUAAUGAAUUUGUUCGACAAGUUUCUCCUGUUGUUGAUGAUUACGAUGCUUUUCCCCUCGAAGAAUUGAUACGAUAUUCUUGUCGAAAUCAUCACGAUGAACAAAUUAAACGCUUGGUACAGGCAACCAAUGAAACAAUUCUUAAUGAUGACCAAGAAGGAAAAAAAUUAUUCAUUGAUUGUCAAUCGGUCUCUAAUGGAUUUCCGAUAAAUCGUACACGUUUUUCGUUGAAUUCUAUUAACAUUCUUUUUCAACGACAAUAUUAUUGUUAUGGUAAUUAUUUAUGGCCAUUAAUAUUGUUUUUCUAUGCAUCUAGUUUACUCCUUAGUUUAAAUUACCGUUUACUAUUGAAUCCAAAAAUUGCUGAGCGUAAGGGUUGUGUUAGUUUCGAUGAGGAUUUCCUUCAUACAUGUAAUUAUUCGAGAGGGAUGAAAAUGGAUUUGAUUCUUAGUUAUCGUUAUAGUUAUUUCAUUUAUAGUACAUCGAUGUUCUUACCAAUCGGUAUUAGUGCAUUGCUUUAUUAUCUGGAAUCAAAAAAUAUGAUCAAUGAAUAUCAAAAUGGUUGGUAUACUACGGGUGUGAUUUAUUUGGUCCGUUGGUCGACACAUGCGGUCAUCAUUUUGCCCAUUAUAAUCAUACAUCAUUAUAUUACAGAUAUCUUUGAUUCAGUACGACCAGGAAUAUUUUAUCCAUUAUUGUUUGUGUAUCUAUUGACGGCUAUUGCCGCACAAGGUCUUGGUUAUAUCUGUGGAAUUCUUUUUGGCUCGAAUUUGACCUAUCUAUGUAUAUCAUUGCCAAGUUUAUUUCUCAUAUCGAUAAUAGUUAUAUUGUCAGAGUAUGCAAAAUCGAUACCAUUUUUUUAUCCAUUUAUCAAGUUCAAUCCGAUUCGUUAUCUUAAUGAAGCAUCUCUUGUAUUACAAUAUGGUUUUGGUCGUUGUGGUCCACGUGAAAUAUCCUUGAUUCUAUACAAAUUGGACAUAAAUCACGAUGAUUACUUUUAUGAAUGUAUAUUACGUACUAUAAUCAAUUUGAUCAUCUAUCAUUCGAUCGCAUUCUCAAUUCUUUAUUAUCAACGUAACAACUUUAAUAAUCGAGAACGAAUGGAGAAAUUGCAACAAUCGCAUCAAAAUCAAAGACAAUCGUUGAAUAUAAUGAUACCUGGAUUGACAUGUGAUCAUCAAUUUACCAUUAAGCAAUUUAGAAAUUAAU